AUGGAAACAGACAAGUUAAGAUGGGUUCGACAAAGACAAAAGGAACUUCGAGCUGAACUGUAUCAAGGCUUACAAGAUGCUUUGCACACAGGAGAGAAUAAUGCUGAAAAUGUUGGCAGAAGAACGAUAUUACCAUCGUCAUUCGUGGGUAGUCAUCGAGACAUGACUCAACGGUACGAGGAUGAAAUGGCUAUUGUUCUUAAAGAAGAGAUAUGUAGCAGUAUCAAGAGCAUAAAAUAUCUAUACAAGUAUUGCUAUAAGGGACCAGACCAUGUGGCAAUGGAGGUUCACAGAAGUUCUCAUUAUGAUGAGGUGAAACAGUUUAUUGAUGCAAGAUGGAUUGCCGCUUCAGAAGCAUGCUGGAGGAUAUUUAGAUUCAACCUUUACCGAAUGUACCAUCAGUUGAAAGGUUGCAAGUUCAUUUGCCAAAUCAACAUCAAGUGA